GCGGCGGCGGCGGGGACGACCCGGCGGAGAGGCGGCCGAGCUGACAGGAGCCCCGGCCCCUUCCCGCCCGCCCUGCAGCCGCGCCCGCGCCGCGCGUGAGCCCCAGGCCGCGGAGACAUGAGCGCCCGGCGGCCCGACGCACCCAGGGCGCAGCGGCCCUGCCCCGCGGCCCCGUGAUGGGCUCCUGCGUGUCGCGAGAUCUGUUCACGAGUGUCCACAAGGACUGCCCCAUGCCCCAGGGCACAGACCCCCUGAGCCCGUUGCCCUCCGGCGGCCCACCCACCGUUCUUCCAGACUUUGUCACUGGCAAGGACAAACAGAUGGAUUUCUGUUGGGAUCCUUGGCAGAGGUGCUUCCAAACCAAUGGCUACCUGUCCGACUCCAGGUCCUGCUCCAGCAACUACAACGUGGCAGCCCUGGCCACCUCGUCCCUCGUGGGGGUGGUGCAGAGCAUCAAGGACCACAUCACGAAGCCCACGGCCAUGGCGCGAGGCCGCGUGGCCCACCUCAUCGAGUGGAAGGGCUGGAGCGCCCAGCGGUCAGGCUGGGAGCCGCCCCCCGCUGAGGACGAGCAUUACUGCUGCCUCCCAGACGAGCUCCGAGAGGCCCGCUUUGCUGCCGGGGUCGCUGAGCAGUUUGCAAUCACAGAGGCCACACUGAGCGCCUGGUCCUCGCUGGACAGUGAGGAGCUGCACCCCGAGAACAGCCCCCAGGACAUCGUCCCGCUGCAGGACCUGGACAGCAUCUACCUUCAGGACAGUCUUCUGAGUGGCCCCUCGCAGGAUGACAGUCUUCUGGCCUUCUCCUCCCCUGGCCUCUCCCCUGACGGCUGGCCCUCACCGAAGGAGGCCCCUAUCUCGGCUGCUGCCCCCCAGCCCCCCAGCCCUGAACAGCAGCAUCGGCCCCGGCUGCCCAGGGGCCCAGGGCCCAAGGGUGGGGCCUGCCUGCAGGGCUCCUGCCCCUCAGUGGACAGCAGCUCCCUCUCGGAGGAGGACGAGGUGUUCUACAGCUGA